ACUCCCUUCUGUUCCUUCUCUGUUCAUCUCUCUCUCUCUCUCUCUCUCUCUCUCUCUCUCUCCCAAAAAAAAAAAACAAAAUGGGUGAGAAGUUUCCAACCCCAACACUUUUGAUAGUCAUAUUCUUCAUUUUGAGCCGUCUGAUCUCAACCAAAGGGUACAGUCUUCGUGAUGAUCCUGAGUCCAUUAGAUUAGCUUCUAGUGAUUAUGGCCACAUUCUCAGAGAAAACCCAGCAGCUGUUUUGUACCCAACCUCCAUUGAUGACAUUUCAAGCUUGAUCAAAUUCUCAAACAAUAUUUCCACUCCUUUCAGCAUAGCUGCUAGAGGCCAUGGCCAUUCCACCAUGGGACAAGCCAUGGCUCCAAAUGGGGUUGUGGUGGACAUGAUGUCCUUGAAAAAUCACCACCCUUCUCAUGCCUCUGGGAUUAUUGUUAACACUUUUAAUUUAAGUGUUAAUAAUUAUUAUUAUUAUGCUGAUGUGGGAGGUGGUCAGCUUUGGAUUGAUGUGCUGCAUGCCACAUUAGAACAUGGACUUGCACCGGUCGCGUGGACCGACUACUUGUACUUAACCGUCGGUGGGAUCGCGUGGACCGACUACUUGUACUUAACCGUCGGUGGGACCCUCUCCAACGCCGACAUCAGCAGCUCGGCGUUCCGGUUUGGUCCUCAGAUUAGCAAUGUGUAUGAAAUGGAUGUCGUCACCGGACAUGGUGAUUUUGUGACUUGCUCCCCACAAAACAACUCUGAUCUCUUCUUUGGGGUCCUUGGAGGCUUAGGUCAGUUUGGGAUCAUAACCAGGGCAAGAAUUGCCCUAGAGCCAGCACCAAAAAGGGUCAAGUGGGUGCGAAUGCUUUACAAUGACUUCUCGGCAUAUGCCAGAGACCAAGAACGUUUAAUUUCAGUCAAUGGAAGGAAACAAAGCAAUGCCCUUGAUUACUUAGAAGGUUCACUUCUAAUCAACCAGGGUUCCCCGAAUAAUUGGAGAUCCUCCUUCUUCCCACAAUCCACUUACUCGAGAAUUAUUUCUCUUGUAACCAAACAUGGCAUAAUCUAUUCCCUGGAAGUUGCCAAAUAUUAUGAUCAACACACUGAAACGACAGUGGAUAAGGAACUUGAACUUCUACUCAAAGGAUUGAGUUUUCUUCCUGGAUUUGUGUUCGAGAAGGAUGUCGCCUAUGUGGAGUUUCUGAAUAGAGUUAAAUCUGGAGAGGAAAAGCUUCAGUCACAAGGACAGUGGGAUGUUCCUCAUCCAUGGCUGAAUCUCUUUGUUCCAAAAAGUCGCAUCUCGGAUUUUGAUGCAGGUGUGCUUAAGGGCAUUGUUCUUAAGCGAAACAUUACCACCGCACCAGUCCUCCUUUACCCAAUGAACCGGACCAAAUGGGAUGAUCGGAUGUCAGCGGUUGUGCCGGAAGAAGAAGUUUUCUACACCGUGGGAUUUUUGCAUUCAAGUGGGUUUGAUGAGUGGGAGGCAUUUGAGGAGCAAAACAAAGAGAUACUAAAAUUUUGUGCUAGUGUUGGUAUAGAGGUUAAGCAGUAUCUUCCCUACUACAAAACACAACAAGGUUGGAUGAACCACUUUGGCUCGAAAUGGAAAACCUUCCAGAAGAGGAAAGCUUUGUUCGACCCCAAGAAAAUACUUUCACCAGGACAAAGAAUUUUCAACAAAUAACAUAUAAUAAUUCGGACUGAGGCAUUAAUAAUUUAAUUUAAUUUAGUACGUUUAGAAAGCUAGUAUUAGUUUAAAUUAAUUAGAAUUUAUAUAUAAGUUUACCAAUAAUUAUGUGGAAGAAGAAUUGUAAGGUACCUUUGGGCGAGAAGA